AUGAUUGCUUCCAAAUAUUUGGAAAAGAUAUACAAGGAAAUGUACAAAGAUAUUAGUAAUGACUUAAAAGCAUCGAAAUUCCUACACCUACAAUGCGAUGGGUGGACUGACACAUGUAAUGAAGUGCUUGACGAUGAAAAUAAAGCAAACAUAAAAACAUCUGUUGAAAACAGAGCUAAACAAUGCCUAAAACCCAUACAUUAUGCGGCGUAUAUGCUCGAUCCAAAAUCUAUUGGCGUUGAACUCAACCAAGUUGAAGAUACUGAAGCAAUGGAAUUCUCACAGAAAGUAUUCAUACACAGUCUUGCCCAGUACAGAGACUGUGAAUUAGAAUAUAUAGAACCAGUAGCAUCAACUUCAAGCCAAACUAAUGAUAUUGAAUUUAUAAAUAUUGAACAUGUAUACGAUACUGACAGUGAUUGA